GUUCAGUAGAGCGGGAAGGAAGAGGCUGCUUGACAGGAGUUUAACAGCGGAGUUAUGGAGGAGGCUGGAGGCAGCGGAGGCUCAGACCGGCGCUCGCGAGGUCGCCGCUCUUCCGCCGGGCCUCGCUACAGCCGGGCUGGGCGAUCUUCGUUUGGGCAGAAUCGCGGUGGGGACGACGGGGCUGAAAGAAACGGCGAGGAAGAAGCGGGCGCGGGGGAAGGCGACAGGGACGAUGGAGACGAGACCACCCGGCGGCGGCUGCUCCGUCAGCAGUACCGGGAGCUGAUCACCGUCGUUCAGAAGAAUCGUGAGAUGAUGCUGAGUACUAGAAAUGAUAAACUGACAGAAGCUCUAGAAGAUGCUAACAAACUGUUCAUUGGAGUGUCUCGGGCCAGGGAGGCUGCUCUGGAUGCUCAGUUCCUAGUUUUGGCGUCAAAUCUAGGAAAGGAAAAAGCAAGCCAGUUACACUCAGACAUGACUGUAUUUGAUCCAUCUGCUUUUGCUGAAGAUUUAUUAUCAUUUAUGGGUUUAAAUCGUCUAGAAGGGGAUGAAAGUGAUAGUGACAAUGAACAGCUUGCCAGUGGAUUUUUGCCUAGCAAUGCUUGGCAUAAACUUGGUGAAGAAGCUAAAAAGUACUUUCGAAGAACACCUACUUUCCACUUCAUGUUGGGAACUUUUACUGCUGAUCCUCCUGUUCAAAGACCACGAAUUGAGAGGCAACAGAAGAGGGCAGGGCCAGCUGAAAGAAGGGCAAUGCCUGCACAGCUGAAAAAGAUGGAAGAGUCUCAUCAAGAAGCCACAGAAAAAGAAGUAGAGAGGAUCUUAGGAAUCUUACUGUCCUUUUUUAGAGAUGAUCCUAAUGAUCCAAUAUCCUUCCUUGAGUUUGUGACUGAUCCAGACUCUUUUGCUCGUACAGUGGAAAAUAUGUUUCACGUAUCCUUCUUAAUAAGGGAUGGGCUUGCGAGAAUCAAGCUAGACCAGUACAAGCUUCCCAUAAUAGAACCUUUAAAUCCAGAGGAAGGUGAAAACAAUCAGGAUACUCAAGCACGGAAACAAGCAGUCAUAUCAAUGAGCUAUAAAGAAUGGCAGAAUAUUGUGAAGACUUUUGAAAUCUCUCAGCCUAUGAUUCCGCCAGCUACACAAGCAACAACGUAGGAUGGGAAUAAUUCUGAAAGGUGCCUUUGAGAUGCUAAUCCCAAUGCUAUUCAGAGGUUAUUUUUCAACUUUUUUCAGGUUACUGAAGAUGAAACAAAGUAUAUUUUCCCCUUGUACAGAUAUUCCAAAGUACCAUGAAGGCCAGUUUCCUAGGCAGUUUCCUUUUGAAAUUUUUGCCCAUGGAAACUAAUCCUUCUUGUUCAAGCAGCACUGUAUUUGGCUCGAACAAGUGACAUGUUUGUGUCCCCCUCUGAUGAUUUCUUUUAAUAAAAUAGGAUGUAUUAUUUUUAUACCUUGUUCUUGAUUCUGUUUUUGGCUUAUUUACAGCCUAAACUAU